CUAUUCACUGUAGUCCUGGCCAAAGUAAAGCCCUCUUUUACAUUGACGUCAAGAUCUUUACUAAGAUUAGGGUUUCAUUUCUCUAUUGCAGCAAUUAGCCAGGGAAUGUAUAAAAGGCUUGAGGGAACCAAGCGAGGACUCCAGAGGAAAAGCACUUUGUACCACAGGCAGAUAGCGAGAGGCAGAGAGACGGAAGAGUGGCAGGGAGAGAGGCUGAGCAGAGCCAGCCCAGCUAGCGAGGGGAAGAGCAGAAAGUUUGUGUGCAAAGACUUUCCUCUAGAGCCCUCCCUUGACAGGGAAAAGAAGUAUUUCACCUGGUAGCUCCGGUAAUAAAAGAAUGAGGAAAACUACUGAAAUAGGAGAAAAUUAGAGGAAAGUUAGCCAGUUUCGUUUCAAUUUUAGAAUUACAGGCAAUUUGCAGCCCGUCUCUCUCUCUCUCUCCCCCCUCUCUGUUUAGAGGACUGCAAAGGGCUUCUGGCUAAGUAAAAACAACAGUAGUUUGAGUUAGAGUUUUUUAAAAAUUAAAAGCAGCUCAGGGUGGAAAAACGUUCAUGUUGGCGUGGUGCUUCCCUUUUUCUUUUAAGCAGCUCUACUGAAGUAAGAACUGAGCCAACAUUGAAAGAGAGCUAACGGAGCACUAUGAAUUUUUAAAAAGACCCUUAUGUUUCAUUAUUUUUAUUAUUAUUUUUCAUGAGGGCACACAGGGUAUGAAAAGGGAACUCCGAGAACCCUUUGAAGAAGAGGAGCAAGCAAGAUGGGUUUGUUGAGCAUUGACCUGUUGAUCACACUUCAGAUCCUGCCGGUUUUUUUCUCCAACUGCCUUUUCCUCGCCCUCUAUGACUCGGUGGUCCUCUUGAAGCACAUGGUGCUUCUUCUGAGUUGCUCCAAAGCUGCACGUGGUGAAUGGCGAAGGAUGCUCACAUCAGAGGGCUUGCGCUGCGUCUGGAAUAGCUUUCUCCUAGAUGCCUACAAGCAGGUGAAAUUGGGUGGAGAUGCUCCUAAUUCCAAUGUCAUCCACAUACCUAAUGGCACUGCCGAAAGCAGCAGCAACUGCAGAUGGAAAAGCUCCAUGGGAAAAUAUGGUAGUGAAUGCCAUCUCUUAGACUUUGCGAAAUCAGACCGUCCACUUGUAAUCAACUUUGGGUCAGCUACCUGACCUCCCUUCACAAACCAGCUGUCUGCCUUUGGCAAGUUGGUGGAAGAGUUCUCUAGUGUGGCUGACUUUCUGUUAGUCUACAUUGAUGAGGCUCACCCAUCAGAUGGCUGGGCUGCUCCUGGUAUCUCAUCUUCAUUUGAAGUCAAGAAACAUAGGAACCAAGAAGACAGAUGUGCUGCUGCUCACCAGCUUCUAAAGAAGUUUUCUUUGCCACCACAGUGCCAGAUAGUGGCUGAUUGCAUGGACAAUAAUGCCAAUGUGGCUUAUGGGGUUUCUUUUGAGCGUGUAUGCAUUAUACAAAGACAAAAAAUUGCUUACCUGGGGGGGAAAGGCCCUUUUUUCUACAAUCUUCAAGAGGUUCGACUUUGGCUGGAGCAAAACUUCAGGAAAAGAUGAAAUCCAAAUGUACCAGAUAAGAAUUCAAGAGGACUGUCCUUUUAAAAUAAUUUAAAAAGAAAACAAGUCACAUUUUGUUUGAAUAGGAUUUUUCUGCCUUUUGGGACAAAACAGGCCUAGUAAAAAGUUUAAAUGCACAAAGUGGUUGCAAACAACAAUGAAUUCUCAGUAGCUCUCUGCAAAAGGAGCUGAGAUUUUUUUCUUUUCAUAGAAUAAGAAUUCUGAGAUUUUUGUGCCAUGAGAUAGUAGAAGCACCCAAAACCAUUAUUUCCAUAAGGUUUAUGAAUGAUACAUCACACCCUGAGAUAAAAAUCACUUUGUCCUUCAGAAAUCAUCCUGUUACAUUCCAUCAUAGCAUGUUCAGAAUCUAAAGCUUGCCAGUUAUCAUGAAAUAAUUAUUUUAGCUUGUUGUAGUGAGGUACCAUUUGGUAGAUAUUCCAGAUUCCAGCAUCUUCUAUAAAUUGGAUAGUUAAUUGCCUUCUUAAUUGCUGAAAAUAAGAACUGGUAUUCACUUUGCUUUAAUGCUUUUUGUUUUUGCAAUGUAGUAUAGCUUGCAAUUUGGAAAUCUUUUACUUUGAUUCUAACUCUUUUAGUGCUUCAAAGAUAAAGAAUUCUGCAAGAACAGGUUAUACCCUAACUCUGCAUUGCAUGAUUAAGCUGAAACAUCUCCUAGCAACAGUCAUCAUAGAAAUUACUUGGGCCGUUCUGAAUCUUAGUUUAUAUCCCCCAAAGUGAAUUUCUUAAUAAUUUUGAAGUAGUGAAGACUAUUGUGUUUUGAGCCAAUUCAGAGAAUCCAGUAUCUAAUGGAUUUCUACCAUUCGUUGUCUAUAAAAGAAAUAAUUUAUGUUGAAAAACUUGUCUCAAUCAACUGACAGUUUCUUUUGUCUGCCCUAAACCCAAUUCUCAGAAUUUUGUUGUGAAAAUUCACUAUUAGACUUAUUAUGUCUGAGCCUGGAUAUAUCCAGGAGAGUUAUGCAAUCAAGUGUGCAAUUGAUUUCUCCUAUCCAAUUCCUAUAACUGUUUUGUGAAAAGCAUGCUCCAGUAAAUAUCACUUAUUGCAAAAAAAAAACACCAAACAAACUUGUGCUUUCUGCCAGCAUAAACUAAUUUUUGAAAGCAAGCUCUUCAGGUGAAAAACAUUAACACUUGAAGUAUUUUCUUUCAACUUAAACUUAGCCUUUUAAGACUCAUCUCAUGGCAACCUCAUUUCUCAUUAUCACAUUAUUUUUUUUUGGGGGGGGGGAACACAAGGAUUUCAGAAGGUGCAAACUACCUGUAAAU